CGACGGUCCGUAGGAAUAGACGCCAGCCACACCAGGCAGACCCUUUACGCAGAACCCUUAUGCAUAGAUAAAGAGCACAUUUAAUUGGCGAGCUAGCGAUCGACUGAUCUCAAUUUAAUUCCAACACUCAUGUCGCCCACACCAUUUCGCCAUCAACCACAUGAAGUCCUAUCGUCCAACUCUCACACCAUGAGCCCCGUAACAGAACUCAAAGUGCACAGGGGUUGGCCCGGCCAGGGCACCUACGUCUGGUCCCCAUUUGUCGUCAAACUCGAGGCCAGACUGCGAUUUGCAAACGUGCCUUACACGACAGGAGCCGGCGGGCCUAGGGGUGCGCCGAAGGGCAAGAUCCCGUACGUGGAGUUUCAACAGCCACAGGCCGGCGGGGGCACGGUACAAAUGGGCGACUCGACCCUCAUCGCCAGGCACCUUGUCGACGAGGGGGUCCUGCCCGACCUGAAUGGGAAGCUGUCUCCCGAGGACCGCGCCAGGGACCUGGCCACUCGGGCGCUGCUGGAGGAGAAGCUGUGUUUCUAUCAUACGAGGGAGAGGUGGCUAGACCACUACUAUAUCAUGCGCGACCACGCACUCUCUUCGAUACCCUGGCCGAUGCGCGUGCUCGUCGGCCAGAUGGUAUACCGCAGCCACAAGGCCAUGCUCUACGGGCAGGGGACGCUUCGCCUCUCGGACGAGGAGGUCCGGACCGCGAAGACGGAAAUCUGGGACACGAUCAACGGUGUCUUGGUUGCUGUCCGAUCGUCGCAGGAUGCAGGGCCACCUGGUGACGCAGCCUCCAGAAACCGGCCAUUCUGGUUUCUCGGCGGUGAUGAGCCGACCGAGGUUGACACGACGCUUUUUGGGAUGAUUGUUUCUGUGUUGUCAGCCACCGCAGGUCCCGAGUCACAAAGCAUUGUCAGAGGAUACCCGAUGGUGGUUGAAUAUGCUGAGAGGAUACAUGCGACAUAUUUUCCAGACUAUGAGAAGUGGCCCUGAUCUUCCCACCUCUAUCAACGCUUUCCGGACGAACGAAUCG